UCUCAACUUCUAAUACCACUCUCCUAUCAGGCCGUGAAUGCACGCGCUGUCCAAAACUCUGAGCCAAAGAUUCCAUACGGACAGCUCAUAAACAGGAAACCUCUGGUGGAGUACUCCAGUCAGUCUGAAGAGUCUGAAAGAUGCGAAAGCAGGGAGUUGGAUAAAUCGAUAAGAGAUCUGAUUGAGAAGAGUGUGGUUGCAAACCAGAAGGAUGGGGAGGACAUUACACAAGAGGAUACUCUUACUCACAGAACUUCGUGUUCCCUCAUGACUCCUGGAGAAACAGGCACUGCAGGCCACCGUGGACCGAUAGAGGCUAGAAUGAGUGAUACAGACACUUCCACAGAGCAUGCUCAGUGUCCUCUGUUGUCAAGAAGAAAGAAGAACAUGUUGACAGAUACUCCUGAACAGCAGAACAGAAUCUUGGAAAAGCAGAUUCAAGAGCUCCUGGAAGUGAACAAGCAAUGGGACCAACAGUUUAGAAGUAUGAAAGUGCGCUAUGAAAAAAAGAUCACAGAACUGAAAGUGAAACUUGAAGCUACUGAGGGAAAUUUCAGCAAACUAGAGAAAGAGAGGCACCAGGGAAAGGAGAGCGCGAGACACCACACUCUGACCAGAGAUCAGCUGCUACAGGAAGAGAAAGAAAAGGAAACCUUAAAUGGUGAACUGAAUGGAUUAAAGAAAGAGAAUGAGCUUCUGAGACUAAAGAAUGCUUCAGUGAACAAGAAGAAAGAGCAGUGCGAGUUGGAGAUAAAGCGCCUCAACAAGGCCCUUCAGGAUGCCUUAAAGAUGGAGAACUUUUCCCUUCUGGAGCCCCAUUUGCACCCACCCAACAGGAACUGCAGCCAUGAGGAGUUGAGGACACAAAUGGAAGUGCUCAGACAACAGGUUCAGAUAUACGAAGAAGAUUUUAAAAAGGAGAGAUCAGACCGUGAGAGACUCAAUGAAGAGAAAGAGGAGCUGCAGAAGAUUAAUGAAAGUUCGCAAUCCCAGUUGAACAAGCUGAAUUCUCAGAUAAAAGCUUGUCAGAAGGAGAAAGAAAAACUUGAAAAACAAUUAAAACAGGCCAAAGACCGCCGAUCUCCAGUGGACAAACAGUAUUGCUCUCAUCAGUUAUUCCUCUCACCGUGCAACUGUGGACUGCUUUUUCACUUACCAGACCCCAGGGAACAGACAGCCACACGGAUGAUUCAUGAUCAACAGCAGCACCCACCAGACUAUCAGUGGUAUGCUCCUGACCAGUUUCCUCCAGAUGUGCAGCACAAAGCAAAUGGUUCCUCUGAGAAGGAAGCCCAUCAAUAGAAGUGUCAAAUGGAGAAGCACAAGUUAAAGAUAUUCCAAUUUCAAUCUGGUUGCUUUUUAUCGUGCUUUAUUUCUGUCCACAACCGUACAUCACAACUCCCAUCAUAUGAGCCUGGUGAUGUUUCUCAUUGACUCCACUGGAAGAAGAGAUCCUUGGCAGCUGUAAUCUGAUAAAUUGAGUUGGUACCACAAAAUCUAACUUCCCUUCUCCUGGGGAAAAGGUUUUUCAGGCUUAUUCUGUGUAUUUCAUGUUAAACCUUCAUUUGUAGGUUGCUGCUGGAGUUAUAAAGACACCUGUGACUUGGGCAACUCUGCUUUUCAUGCAGUAUAUGGUGGUUUUCUGUAUUAAUUUUCCUGCAGGAAGGUUCUUCCUGAGCAGGGUUCUGCCUCCAUUUUUCAUGGAGCUCUUCUUCUGCACCCCUCUGAGCCUGCCCUGGUCCUCUGGACAUCGAUACUGACCUUAGCAUUAAAAAGAUACCUGAGGGCAGAUGAAGCCAAGGAAGUAAUGCAGGCUUCAAGUGGAUGAUUUCAACCUAAUCGAAAUGUUUAAUGUGAAGAGUUUCUGGAAUUGCUGUAGAAAAUGAAUUUCAUUUUCAGGGGUAAAAUAACACAGGGCUUCUGGUUGUAAUCUAGUCCCCUUGUUGAGCACGU